AUGAAAAUUCAGAUACAGCCUGCAACUGAUGAGCAACGCAAGGCUAUACCCAAAGAUUUGGGGUUUGGCGGCGUAUUCUCCGAUCAUAUGUUUACUCAAGAAUACAAGGAUGAUACUUGGCAGAGCGCCACUAUCAGCGCCUACGCUCCAUUUAGUUUGGAUCCUUCAUGCGCUGUUUUUCACUAUGCUCAGGAGAUAUUUGAGGGGCUCAAAGCCUAUCGUCGACCAGACGGCAACAUCAAUCUAUUUCGCCCCCAAAAAAAUGCCGAGCGCUUUUUCCGUUCUGCCGAGCGUAUGGCAAUGCCACCAGUCGACAAAAAUAUGUUCGUUGAGUCCGUUCGCGAACUGGUAAAACUCGAUAACGCUUGGGUACCCUCUGAACCCGGCUCCGCUUACUACAUACGCCCUACUCUAAUCGCCACUAAAAAUGCAUUGGGAGUGACGCCCAGCGACAGCUACCUUUACUUUAUAAUAGGUGGCCCAGUGGGCGCUUAUUUCAAAGGUGGUUUUAAUCCGGUUGGCGUAUACAUUUCAGAAAAAUAUCGCCGCGCGGUAAAAGGUGGCGUUGGCGAUGCCAAAACCGGCGGCAACUACGCCGCCAGUCUACUUGUUGGACAACAGGCCAUCGACAAAGGUUACUCUCAAGUGCUCUGGUUAGAUGCCAUUGAAGGGCGUUAUGUUGAAGAAGUGGGAGCAAUGAACAUCAUGUUUGUCUACGGCGAUCAGAUAGUAACACCGCAACUUACUGGCAGUAUUCUGCCCGGUAUUACCCGUCUGUCGGUACUGGAAAUGGCGGACAGCCUGGGCUAUCAAAUAUCCGAGCAGCAAAUUGAUAUCAACGACGUUCUGGCAGAUAUUAAAUCAGGUGCUAUUACCGAAGUAUUUGGCUGUGGCACUGCUGCCGCUAUCGCUCCUGUGGGCAAAUUCGGCAUGGACGACGCCGAGUAUGAGAUUAACAACAACCAAACAGGGCCGGUAGCGAAACGGAUUUACGACAAACUAACUGGCAUUCAAAAUGGCACUGUAAAUGAUGAUUUCGGCUGGACGGAAAUAAUUGAUCUGUCUGUUUAA